AGAGCAUGGCAUUUGGAAAAAACUAUGGCGGCCUUAAAAGAUCCUACUGUCAACAUGAUUGGUGUUUGGGGUACGGGUGGUGUGGGCAAAACUACUCUCGUGAAGAAAGCUGCUGAACAAGCCAACGUAGAUAAGAUUUUUGAUGUGGUGAUUUUAUCGGAGGUAUCUUUAAAUCAAGACUUGAGAAGAAUUCAAGGAGAAAUUGCAGAAGCCUUAGGCUUCAAAUUCGAGGCGGAGACAAUUUCUGGGAGAUCCAACCAGUUACGUGAACCUUUGCUGAAAGAAACAAAAAUUCUAGUGAUUCUUGAUAAUAUUUGGGCAACGCUUGAUUUGGGAGAGUUGGGAAUACCUUUCGGGGAUGACCACAAAGGAUGUAAAAUAUUGAUGACAUCUAGAGAUGAGUGUGUAUUAACAGAGAUUGGUACUGGUAGUUUGAACAUCAGGGUUGAUGCAUUAGAUGAUGGGGAGACUUGGAAUUUAUUUGAGAAAAUGGCAGGUGAUGUAGUGAAGGUUCAUAAUUUGCAACGUCUUGCCAUUGAAAUAGCUAAAAGAUGUGCAGGUUUGCCAAUUUUGAUUGUCACAGUUGCAAGGGCUCUAAGAAAUAGAAAUGACUCACAUACUUGGAAAGAAGCCUUACAACAAUUAGAAAAGUUUGAAAAUGAUGAAUUUGAUGCACGAGUGUAUUCAGCUCUAGAGUUAAGUUACAAUCACUUGAAAAGUAAUGUGAUCAAACAGUUAUUCUUGCUUUGUGGUCUACUGGUAAAUAAUGAUUAUGCUAUUGAAGGUUUGUUGAACUACUGCACGAGCCUUGAUUCUUUCAAAGAUAUCAAUCACUUGGAAGAUCGGAGAAACAAGUUGCAUAAAUUGGUUAUAGACCUGAAAUCCGCGUGUUUGUUAUUAGAUGGUGAAAGAAAUGGUUACAUCAAAAUGCAUGAUGUGGUUCGCAAGUUUGCUGUGUCAUUUGCACGCCAAAAGCAUAAUAUGUUCAUUGAAGAAUAUGAUUGUGAAUUGGAAGAAUGGCCCAGAAAGAAUACAAUUGCAAAGUUCUCCUCAAUAUAUUUUCCUCACAGUUAUAUUCACAGACUACUAGAAGGGUUGGAAUGUGAAGAGCUAAAGUUAUUUAUUCUGCAUUCCAAAAAUCGUGAUUUGGAGAUUCCCAGUUCAUUUUUUCAUGGGUUGAGAGGAAUUAUAGUCUUAGAUAUUAAGAACAUAAUAAUUCCAUCUUUGCCUUCAUCCCUUUCUUAUCUGAAAAACCUUCACACUCUCUCUCUUGAGGAGUGUGAGUUGGAUGAUAUAGCCAUAAUAGGAAAUUUAGUUGGACUAGAAGUUCUUCGCAUUGUGAAUACAGACAUCUCCCAUUUGCCUAAGGAAAUAAGGGAAUUGGCUCAUCUAAAGUUGUUCAGUGUCAGCGGAUGUUAUAAUCUUGAAGUGAUUCCACCAAAUGUGAUUUCAUCGUUGACUCGAUUAGAAGAAUUGUCUAUGGAAAAAAGCUACGUAAACUGGGAGGCUGAAGGAGUUAAUGGUCAAAAUGCUUGUCUUGCUGAGUUGAACAAAUUGUCUAAGCUGACUCGCUUAGACAUUCACAUUCCGAGUUCCCAUAUUAUGCCAAAUGACUUGUUCUUAGUCAAGUUAGAAAGAUUUGAAAUAUCAAUAGGAGAUGUCUGGGAUUGGCAUCGGUCUAGCAAGUAUGUAACGUCACAAAGGUUGAAACUGAAACUCCCCACGAGCAUUCAUUUGAAGCAUGGUGUUAAGGAAUUGUUGAAGAAAACAGAAGAUCUAUAUCUCGAUGAAUUGGGUGGUGUUAACAGUGUUUCUGAGUUAGAUAGGGAAGGUUUUCCAAGAUUGAGAUGUUUACAUGUCCAAAAUGGUCACAACUUCCAAUAUAUUGUAAACUCAAAGACAAGGGCUCCUUGUCACAUUUUCCCAGACUUAGAGGUAUUGUCUCUUAGAAAAUUGAUGAACCUUGAGAUGAUAUGUCACGGCCAACUUGGAGUCAAGUCGUUCAGUAAAAUGAGAAUUGUGAGAGUGGAAAGUUGCAACAUGUUGAAGAACCUUUUCUCAUUCUCUAUUUUCAAAUCCCUUUUGCAACUACAAGAAAUCAAUGUAGUUGACUGUAAAAACAUGGAGGGGAUCUUUUCUUUUGAAAGUGAAGAGGAUGGCACGGGGGAUGUGAUUGAGUUAACGCAAGUACACUCCCUAGAACUACGGCGUUUACCGAAGAUUGCUAGCUUAUGCUCUGAGGUGAAGAUUGUAAAACGGAAGCUGCAAACAACGGACUCAUCAGGGUCAUCUCACAACAUGCGUCUUAUGAUGAAGGUUGAGCCCAUCCCACUUCUUAAUGGGAAGGUACCUUUUCUUAUCCUUCUAUCGCAUUCGUCUCUCUGUGAUUGA